UCAGGGUUUUCAGUGUUCGAUGCAAUCAGCUCACGACAACACGUUGCGAAAUGAAGCCCACCUUUAAAACAGUCAUAUUUUUGUGCUUUUUGGUGUCUGGAGGCUUGGGUCAGGAUGUGGAGCCUGAGUUUCCGGUAUUCGUAGAAGACACUACGGAGACUGAAACUGAAAAGCCUAUCGCGAGUACCACAGUUUCAACAACUUCAACAACACCAGAACCACCAACAACCACAACAGAAUCUACAACCACUACAACAACCACCACGGAAACUACAACAACUUCAACAACACCUGAACCCACAACAACCACCACGGAAGCUACAACAACUUCAACGACACCUGAACCCACAACAACUCCAGUUCCUUCCACAACAACAGUGGGAAUACCAACUACCAUUUCCACAAGUACCCAACGGGAACCCACCUACCCAACCCAAUUACCAACCACAACCACGAGGAAACCCCCGUACACCACCAGGAAUCCUUGGGAUUGGUAUCAGCCAGCCCAGCGUUGUUAUUUGAAAGAUCAAGUGAAUUACGCCAUUAAUUGUUAUGGCUACGGCUGGACUAUAUCUUACAGUUGUUAUCGGUGUUGUUAUUAUGAUUACAAUCAUAUUUCCGGAUGCAGUAAGCUCCACCAGGGGCGCUGCUGGUGGUAUAAUGGGGGCUACUAUUAAAUAAAAAGUAACUGUUAGAUAACUUUUAGAAACUUUAUGAAUUAUGUUUUACAAAAAAACUGUGAAUAGUAUGUGUGAUUAACAAGAAUUAUUAAAAAUGUGUCUUUCCUAA